ACGUUUAGUUGCCACCGAUCUCCUGAUGUUUCACACCGCGAAGCGAUGGGUCUUCUUGGCGAUUGCGUUGCUGACCAGCUGCGUAGCUGUAGCCACCAAUGCUACGUUACCAGUCUUCAAAAUUGGAGUGGUAACAGUGGAUUCUAGCACGGGCACAACCUUUGUAAGAGGGUUGGAAUGGUGGCGUGACAAGGUCAAUAACAAUACUGAAGGGGGCCUGUCCACCUUGGAUGGCAUAGUCAUGAAGGUCGAGCUGAUCACCAUCCGAGCUGCUUCAGCUGCAAUUGCUGCACAGACCAUCGUGGACUUUAGCAAUGGCAAUCCAAGCUUCGUGCACGUCUUGGUGAACACCUUCCAGCAAUUCAACAUCGCUGUGAAUGACGCCAUGAACGAGAACAGGAUAGAAAAGAACUUGAUACAUUGUUCCGGCGGUACACCGGGGAUGUAUGGUUUCGAAGAUCUUGGCAUACCUCGAUGGGGCUUUCAGUUCGGGGUCAUGGUGCCUUCCAGCGACUAUGGUACUGGUAUAUUCAAGCAUAUCAUGAGCUUUGGCAACCGACUGCCCAACACUCGAAUCGCCUUCUUCAGAAAUACUGGCAACUCCUUUGCCGACUACACCUGCCAAGAGUCCAUCCGAAUCGCCAAAGACCUCGGCAUGGAAGUGGAUCCCAAUGAGAUCUUCGAAUAUAGUGGCACUAGCUAUGAGACUGUGAUGCCUGCUGGCGUUGCAGCGUUGAAGGAGUCUGAGACAACGAUUGUCAUGGGCUGUACGUGGCUCCAGGAUGGCCUUGCGUUGCAGCAGGCGAUCGUUCAAGAACGUUUGGACCUCCUCGCAACCAUCAUCCUGAUCGCGCCCACUACUGGAGCCUGGGCUGCAGCCUUCCCCAGAGAUGUCUAUGGACAUUCUGAUGGGGACUAUGUCCUUGCUCCCUCACAAUGGCACCACACACAGCGCUUCAACGACUUUUCUUCGGUUGGAAACACGCAGACCUUCUGGGCCGAAUUCAAAGCGGCCACGGGCUCUGAUCCGGACUACUUGCUGGCUUCAUGCACAACAGCUGGCAUUAUCAUUGAGCGAGGUGUGAACAAGGUGGCGAUGGGGAACUAUUCAGAGGCCAGCAAUGCCACCAGCAACAGUUGUUUAGGUGAGAUCAGCUUUGAUGAGAAGCUCCGCUUGAUGAUUCGGGACUUCGAGGAGGAUACCAUGUAUGGAAGGGUGCGAUUUUCCAAAUUUAAUCAGAAUGUGGGACAUGAAGCUGCGGUGAUUCAGAUCUUGCCAGAGAAGAAUCAGACCUCAGUGCUUCCAGAAAGCACCGCCGACUCAAGUUUGUAUUUUCCUGCACCACCGUGGGAAAAGAGAUUGUCAUGUCCGCCAAACUGCACCAGUGCGGACAUUUUUCGGAUCGGAGUCAUCUCUCCUGAGACGCCUGAAGGUCAGAUCCGCCGCCGGGGCUUGGAAUGGUGGGCCCGGAAGGCCAACGAGAACGGCAGGAUUCGAACUCAAAAUGGC